UGCUCUCCACUUGGAAGAUAUCCUUUGUGAUAACCUGGUACUCAGAUGGUAUAAGAAGAAAAUCCAGGCUCUGCUAGACCAGAGCCAAUGGCAACCAUGGCAAAGCUUAUUCUCACAGGUCUGGCCCUUCUGCUGAAUGUUCAGCUAGGUUCUGCCUUCCAGCUGAUGUGCUACUUCACCAACUGGUCCCAGUACCGACCAGGCCUGGGAAGUUUCAAGCCUGACGACAUCGACCCCUGCCUCUGUACUCACCUGAUUUAUGCCUUUGCUGGGAUGAGAAACAACGAGAUCACCACCAUUGAAUGGAAUGAUGUGACUCUCUACCAAUCUUUCAAUAGCCUGAAAAACAAGAACAGCCAGCUGAAAACUCUCCUGGCCAUUGGAGGCUGGAAUUUUGGAACUGCCCCUUUCACUGCCAUGGUUUCCACUCCAGAGAAUCGCAAGACUUUCAUUUCUUCAGUCAUCAAAUUCCUGCGUCAGUAUGGAUUUGAUGGGCUGGACUUCGACUGGGAGUACCCUGGUUCUCGUGGAAGCCCUUCUCAGGACAAGCAUCUCUUCACUGUCCUGGUGCAGGAAAUGCGUGAAGCUUUUGAGCAGGAGGCCAUCCAAACCAACAAGCCCAGGCUACUGGUCACUGCUGCAGUAGCUGCUGGCAUCUCCAACAUCCAGUCUGGCUAUGAGAUUCCUCAGCUGUCCCAGUACCUAGACUACAUCCAUGUCAUGACUGACUUCUAUGGCCCAUGGGAGGGCUACACUGGAGAGAACAGCCCCCUCUACAAAUACCCAACUGACACUGGCAACAAUGCUUACCUCAAUGUGGAUUAUGCCAUGAACUACUGGAAGAACAAUGGGGCCCCAGCUGAGAAGCUCAUCGUUGGAUUCCCUGCCUAUGGACACGACUACAUCCUAAGCAACCCUUCCAACAAUGGCAUUGGUGCUCCCACUUCUGGUGCUGGUCCUGCUGGGCCCUACACCAGGCAGGCUGGGUUCCUGGCCUACUAUGAGAUCUGCACCUUCCUGAAAGAUGGAGCCACUCAGGCAUGGGAUGCCUCUCAGUACGUGCCCUACACCUAUGAGGGCAAUGAGUGGGUUGGCUAUGACAACGUCAAGAGCUUUAAUAUCAAGGCUGAGUGGCUUAAACAAAACAACUUUGGAGGUGCCAUGGUCUGGGCCAUUGACAUGGAUGACUUCACAGGCACAUUCUGUAACCAGGGCAAGUUCCCCCUGAUCAACACCUUGAAGGAUGUUCUUGGCCUGAAGAGUGCAAGUGAAGAAACUGAGAUAUUGUGA